GUUGCAGAGCAACAAUGGAUUGAUGCGGAGGAUCCUGGCUCAUUUCCCCCGGGAUUUGAGCCUGGCCUUCGCUUACGGCUCUGGCCUGUUCGGACAGACAGGACACCCAGGCCCCAGUUGCGAGUCCAAAUCCCCCAUUUAUUCCACACAAGCAUGAAAGGUGUUUUCCCUCAGUGAUUGCACCACCUAUGGAAGUAUUUAGUGAAAAAAGGGACCCUCUGAAAAUCUAAAAGUAGAUGUCAGGAAAUCUCAGAUGGAGUCCUGAUUCGUAGCUGAAGAAGGAGGUUAAGGAUGGUAUCAAAUUGAUGAAAGUGCUACAUAAAUCUGCAAUAAUUAUUGAACAAUAUGCUGGAUUUUGUCUUUGCUGUGGAUGAUCCUGUGACUUGGCAUACGAUGAAUAUCAUGAAAAAUCCCCGACAUUACUCAUUUUUAAGAUUUUUUGGGCCAAAACAUGUUAGUAAAAUACAGAAUAAUUAUGGAGCUGGAAUAUAUUACAAUACAUUAGUGCCAUGUGAUGACAGGAUAAUCAAGUAUGGCAUCAUCAGUACAGGAACUCUGAUUGAAGACCUUCUUUAUUGGAAAAACUUAUACAUUGCUGGAAGACUGCAUAAACCUGUGAAGAUAUUGAUCCAAAAUGAAAAUGGCAAGUUACAAAAUGCACUGGUUAAGAAUCUGAAAAGUGCAGUGAUCGCAGCAUUUCUUAUGCUGCCAGAAUCUUUCACUGAGGAGGAGCUCUACAUUCGUAUUGCUGGACUGUCCUACUCAGGUGAUUUUCGAAUGAUUAUCGGAGAAGACCGAUCAAAAGUAAUGAAUAUUGUUACAGCAAACAUGGAAAACUUCCAAAGACUUUACAAUAACAUUUUACAGGAGUGCCCUCAAGUGGUCUACAAGCAGCAACUGGGUAAAUUAGAGCUUGAUAAAAGUCCAGAAGGUCAAUUCAAUCAAUUGAUGGCUUUGCCUAGAACUCUUCAACAAGAGAUAACCCGUUUGGUAGACCAACCAGGGAAAAAUAGAGAUGUAGAAGAGAUCUUGCUUCAAGUAGCCCAGGAUCCAGACUGUGGAUUACUAAUACAGCAAAGUGUAGCUGGUAUCGUAAAAUCCUCAAGUAUGACCCAAAGCGCAAAAGGAGUUCUUACUGCUGGUACGAAAAAAACAGUUACCUAUAGCAUGAAGAAGCUGCAUAAAAUGUGGAGAGGGUGGAGAAGAAAAUCGUCCUAACGUUUGCUAAAUAUUAUUUAAAUUUAUAUUUGAAAAAGACAAUUUUAAAUAAAGCAUGCUAGCUGUGAGCUUUCAUCAAUGGCUGGGAUUCAUGUUUGCAUCAUCUUUAUAUAGAGAGGAGGUUACUCCUGCACAUCAGUGUCAUUAAUAAUGACGAGUAUUUUGGAAACAAUUUUACUGUAAAUGUUUUAUGAAGAUAAAUGCUAUUUGUGAUUUACAAUAUCCAGCAUUUUAUAAUUCCAUGGAACUUUGUAAGUGUGUGAAUUUUGUUAGUCAUCGGUGAUUAGUUGUCAGAUGGUUAAUUAGGAUCCAAUCUCCUUGGAAAUUGUGCAGAUCCUUCCAGAUCCAUGUGAGCUACAAAAGUUCCAGUUAACAGUAAGCACAAUCAAUGGAAGAUCUUUAUUCACGUUAUUGUUACUUCACUGUCUCAUAAGACACGUGCAUGAACCAAGACAUUGACAUCAUAAUAAAGCUUCAGCUCAUGUGA